AUGUACUCGUCGAAGAGGACGACCGAGCAACAGGGCCGUGCCGUCAAUAAGUGGCGGAAAAAGAAAACGCAACCGCGUCCGCCGCCCGGCGCGAAACCGUCGUCGUCGGCCCGGCCGCCGCCGCUGUUACCGUGGCAUGUACCGCCGUCACCGCGGCCCGCGCCAACGUCGCCGCGUUUGACGCCGUCCACCGCGUCGGUACCGCGGCGGCCACCAGCGCCGGAACCGUCCGCCGACGACGGCCGGACACCGAUCCCGGCGCGACGGGUGAAAAACCUAACGACCGGGAAGUACGGGAAAAUCGACGGUCCGACGGCCGGCCGCGGUAUGGACUCGCCGAGAACGUAUCUAUUAUUGUUCGACGAACACGGCGCGUUAGUUGGAAAAUGA